UCUCGGAGAAUUCUAUGUAAAAUGGAGAAUAUUUGGUUCUUGUUUGAUAAGAAAUCUGUGUGGUUUGAUAGUGCAAAGUUGUAAUAAGAUCAAAUAAAUUUAAAUUAUUUAAUUAGAUUGUGAUCCAUGUAAAUAAACUUCGUAUUAAUUUAUUUAAAGAUUGUAUAUUUUGACUUGAAAUUAUUAGUUCGAUUCCAUUAAACGUUGGUUGUAUCUCUACUACUUCUACUCUGCCAUUAUUAUUGUCUUCUACACAGGUUCCAUAAGAUUCAUAAUUUUGUUCGGUUUUUCUUAAAAUCAAUAAAUUUCACUUUGCAUCAUAUUAUCACUAAUGAAUCCAACCCGAUCAACCAAUGUUUGGCGAUAUGAGGAAUCAAGAUCUGCUCGUAAUGAAGACCAUGAUGUUCAUUCAAUUUUACUUUCAAGGACCGAAGAAAAAAAACAAAGACGUAGACGUGAAUGGCAACGUCAACAAGAACGAGAAAGAUUAGAUGGGUCUACAAGUGGGUCACUACCUUUGUUUAAAGGUCCUGAGGGUAUACAGAUUAGUACUACGGAACUAUGUCGAAUUAAAGUUGAUAUUCACAGGAAUAUUCUUACAAAAGGACCUAUUGUUACUGAACUACAACGAAGUAUACUUAAUGCCGAAGAUGUAGUCCUCAAGAGAAGAGAUGGAGAAGGAACUAAACCAAUAUUCGACCGAGAAGAAAUAAAAAAAGCUGUAACCAAAACUAAUGAAAUAGAGGAGCGUCGUACGGUUGUAGCUGUAGAUGGGGAGCAGUCAGGGACAAAACAAGCAGAAAAUGUCAUACAAACAUAGGGUCAAAACGCUUAUAUAGAGGCUUAUAUGACGGUUCAGGCACAGACUUUCUUGGAAUCAAGCAAAGGCCAAUUUGAGCAUUUGGUAUAGCAAGUAACAAGACAUUAGUACUGUUAUAUCUGUAGAAAUAAAUAUAAAUACAAUUUACAACUCCUAUAUAA